GCUCGACCUGCAAGAUUUGAGGGCGGUGAAUCGUAAAAAGUUUGGUACUACCAAACAAUUUUUAUCGGAAUUUGAGCGUGUGGUUCGCCUAAUCCCGGAUAUGUCCGACAAAGAUCGUUGUCUUAUCUUCCUUGAUAACUUCAACGACAUCAAACAGUCGAAAUUGGUUGAAGGGAUGCACGGGAGGUAUGGUUGGACUAAGGUCCGACAAAAUGCGCUGGUGGGGAAGUUCGACGAUAUCCUCUACCGGCUGUUGAGGCAGCAAAAGGAGGAGCGGGAAAAGGUGAAGCUGGGAGAAGUAAAGGACGGUGAAAUUUACAAAACUUUGACCUGCAUGAGAGAAAUGAUGGAGGGCAUGGAGGAGGAAAGGCUGAAGCUUCAAGUCAUGUUGGCCAAAGAGAAACAUAGUAAGAGGAAGGAGAAAGAGUCGGUAGCAGAAGAAAGUGACAGUGAGAGCGAGGAGGAAAAGGAGCCGCCUCGCAAGUUAACAAAGGCGAAGAGGAAGGUCUUGAAUCAAAUUCGAGGCGGACAUGAGACUUCCCGUAAACAGGGGAAGAACAGUGGACAAAAUAAUCAAGGAGGAAAUGGCGGUGCUGACGCUGGUUCGUCAGGACAAAGUUCCCAAGAUCAAGGGCAGUUCCAGCCGCAGGGUGGAGGAGGCCGCGGUCGAGGCCGUGGGAACGGACAGCGAAGCCGUUGGGCGUGGCAGCAGGAAGCCACAUGUAACUAUUGCGCAGAAAAGGGUCAUAUUAUGCGGUUUUGCCAACUCCUUUCAAAAGAUGAGAAGGAGGGAAUAGUCUUCGCCACGAUACGUGGUGAAGUCUUUGAUUACGAAGGGAACCUGAUCGACCCCAACAUUGAAGGGGGUAUGAGGAAGGAGGCGUUUCGCCAAAUGGGUCGUCCGCUGUCGGCGAUGUUCCGGAUUGCUUCUCCUGAAGAAGCGCGGUUGGCCGGGGUCGAGGAGGUCAUGGCGUCGUUACAUAUUGACGACCCGUCGGCGGAACCAGGAAGGGAAGAUGCGUCUGGCCAAGCAGGGACAACUGCUCCGGGAGAAGCAUCGCAAACUGAGCCAAUGGUAAGUACGAUGCGACCUAGGACUGUGCUAAAAAGGAGUGCUCCGACUGUAGCCGUGCAGACUCGGAUGCGGCGACGAAACGAGCAGCUUCGGAAGGAAAGAGGGUCUGAAAAGGCGGUGGAAGAAGAGCCUAUCCCCGUUAGUGAGAACGAUGAGGAUAGCGAGGAUGAGAAGUUGCGGGCCGAAGAGGAAGAACGGGCUCGCCGUUGUGCAUUGGAAAGGGAGCCGGAGAAAGGGAAGGCCGAAGUAAGCGAGGAGGAGUCACGAAAGAAGAAGAACAUUUAUUCGAUCCCCGUGGAGCAGGGGGUCGAUAUCGAGCAACUCGUCAAUAAGAUUCUGGAAAGUCAGCGCGACUUGGUCACGCUGAAGGAAAUUUUGGCGGUAUCGCCGAAGAUGCGAGAAGAGUUUAAACAACGGAUGACUCGAUCUUGUACGAAGGACUUGACGGAGGUGUUACCGAGCAUUCGCCGUUUUGUCUGGGAGCACAUCAAUGAUGUGGUGAAAGCUCUUAAGAGGUUAAGGGAGUUUAAUCUCACAGCUAGUGGGAUUAAGUCUCGACAUUGUAUGAAGAGAGCAGUGAUUCUGGGAUUUCUUUGCGACGAGAAAGGUCGCCGGCCGGAUGCGAAGAAGACUAAUAAAAUCUUGGAAUGGUCGACCCCUUUCAAGUCGAUCACAGAUGUGCGAAGCUUCCUUGGAACCUGUGGAUUUUGGUGCAUCUUCAUCCGCAGGUUUGCCCCCAGAAGAGAGCACUUGCGAAAGUUUGUGCGCAAAGGCCAGAAGUGGGAAUGGGGUCCGAAGCAACAAGCGGUCGUGGAAGACAUAAAGAUUGAGUUCCGUGAGGGCGGAUUGAUCCUUGGAGUUCUUUUUUUCGACGAUGAUGAAAAGCGUCCUUCUGUUAUUGAGACUGAUGCGGGGUCCACAGCCCUAGGAGGGGUCCUAAUUCAGAGAGAUGUUGAGGGGCAGGAAAGACCUCUAAGAUUUGACAGCAGGACUCUGAAUGUUGCUGAGAGGAAUUAUUCUCAAUUCAAGAAGGAAAUCUUGGUCGUGCUUCACUGUUUUCGUAUCUUUCGAAAUUAUGUGUUUGGGAGACGCUUCAUCCUGCGGGUGGAUCUGACUGCAUUGAAAGAAGAGGAGUCGCAAUUGAGUAUUAACUAUCUUGCCUACCUGACAGAUGCGGCCACUCGGCAUGGGAAAUCGAUAUGGAAUGCUCCUGCCUUUCACGAGGUACGUCCAGAACUCGUGAUGGAGGAACCUGUCAUUGAGGAGGACCCAUGGGGCGAGCAGACCGCAGAGGAAAUGAUGAGGCUGGCUUUUACCGAUGACAUCGACCUUAGGCUUGAUCCACUAACAAUUGAAUAGGGUCAUACGCAGGCUGAUGACGCUUUCCAGACCGUUGGAAGGAUGUCAUAUAUCAUGAACUUGUUGGUUCAUGAGGAUCGCCUGAGGUUAAUGAAUGUGGAGGAAGGAG